AUGGCCAAUUCCGUGGCAAUUCUUUUCGCGAUGGACACGCGCAAAGUUCCUGGCAAUAUACUGCAAGAAGCAGACGAACGUUAUCACAAACGAGCCAAAGAACAAUUUCGCGCGUACCUGGAUGAUAAAUACCAAAAGAUGGCCAAUGUUAUUUUAGAAAAUUUGCCCAGCAUCAACGGCCUACCAUUAUCCGCAUUCCUAAACCGUAUGCGCGGUGUGAUUCCCCUUGGCAGGUAUGGAUCUGUACCACUAGAAAGAAUACUUGAUGAGGACUUAGAAACGAUACUCAGUGGAAGUCAAGAUUCUUCCAUGGAAACUAAAGUCACGCAUGAGGACAAGAUUCAAGCGAUACGCAACAUGUGUCGUGCAGCAGCAGAUCCAAAAGAUCGGGAAAUUUUCGCCGAAUGGCUUGAUACAAACGCAGCUUCAUUGAAUGAGGCUCUGGCGAAUUGCCUUGGAACGGAACGUCGCGAUUUGACGCAAGAGACCUGUUUCGCGGUUGCAUACUUGGCUCGAGCAUUUCGUUUUCGAAUGUACGAUAAAUUGGAUUUAGUGAUUGCUGCACUAGUUCGAGCCAUGGCCAUGCUUCUCAUACCUUGGGAAUCAUAUGUGGAACAAUAUAGGGAUGCAAAGGAACGUCAUAAUGAUAUCGAAUUGGCCCGGGGUCGGACAAUCGUAUUUCACCAUCCGCGAAUGGAAUAUCAGUUUUCGGAGGUUAAUCAUCGUGUGCUCGGUUGCAUUUACUACACUUUGGGUGACCUUUUGUUCAGCUGCCCUACACCAAAGCUGAUUCAUUUUUUCGAGUGUCGUAUCUUUCGUCGGAAAGAGAUGACACGAAAUUUACUUUUCACCAUCUUGCAUGUAGUGGUGAUCAAUCUAGCCGAGUUGCAAUCGGAGGCCGAGCGUCUCGCUAUGUUGGUCAAACAACCCAGUUUCGUUCCCGUGCACGGGGCUGCCGGGAUCGGGCCGCUUACAAGCAGGCGUGGAAAAAUCUACUCGGAAUCCAUGUGGAACGAGUUACCGGCCAAUCUCUAUUCGGACAUCAUACGUGUCUACAAUGAUCGGAAUCGAGCCAACAAAAUUUUAAUCAACGAAAUUAUGGCAAUGCUAAGAGCUCACGCCCCGGAAAAACUGCCUAUGUUUGAAGAAGCCACGCUAAAGGCACUCGAAUUAUACACUGGUUCAGGAGGCGGGCGACUUACAGAGACCUAUCAGAUUGGACGACCAACAACCGGAGACGGUUCUGGAGCUGCAUCACGGCGUCGGAAAUCACUUCCGACUCAUGAGACUGCAACAGGAACAGCAAACAGUAAGGUGGGAACAGGACAGGGAACCUUCACAGCUGGAGGAGCAACAUCUGGAACCGCACUCUCUGGAGAAGGGAUCGGUCGACUUAGCAAAUUGAACCAACUAACAGUACCAGACGGUCAACAAGGUGAACGUGUGUACGAGAAGCGUUCUAGUGAGACGACCAGUACCGAGUCAUCCGAGGGAAAUUACAGCUCUGAAUCUCAUAAACAGGAAUCAAAGAUUUCACGUCGGACGAUUAUCGUCCCUAAGAUAUCGGAUCUCAUGCAACCGAAUCGAGUCUUCCGUAAAUAA